AUGGUUACAGUUUUGGCGCAAGCGUUACAAACACUUGCAGACUCUCUUGUUCUAUAGAUGGCCUUGCUCUUGUUUAUCAAAUUUCAUAGGCACGAAGGGUCUGUCUCCCGAUUUAUUUUAGGGAAAUAAUAGGGAAAAUCGCCCAUCUGCACAAAUAAGCUGGUUCAGGAUGGAUUUCGAAAGCAAUAGGAAAAAGAGCGUUAUGAGCAUGAUUGGCUCAGCAACAGAUUUGGAAGCGAACAACCUUGAAUUGGAGGCCUACCAGGCCUACCUGGCCAGUGUGCAGGCUGUCUGCUCACUGCUGGCCAGCGGUCUGUCCCUGGACACAGACCGCUCACAGAUGAUCUCAUUGGCCAAGCAAUGCCUGGAGCGGAUACAGCACAUCUCUGACCGUUUUGGUCGCAAGAAGCUGCCACCUGAUCCAGACUCUCCGGUGUCGGGCGCGGCGGCAGCGAUGACUGAGCGGCUGCGGCGGCUGCGGGGCGGACCGGCCGUCGGUCCGUUCGACCCGUCCGACUCGGCCUGGAGCACGUACCGUAACGCGUCCAUCUGCGAGCCCGGUGAGGUCUCCGAGCCGAGCGCGCCGCCGGCCGACUCGCCGUCCGACUCGAUCGAGGACAACCUGCUGGUGGAGCUCGAGUCGGACUCUGAGAACGCCUCCGGCAGACGCGACUCGGAGCAGCCCUCUUCGAUCGAGGACAACGCCGCCGCGGAUGAGACCCCGAUACCGGCACCGCGCUCAGAGACACAGUGGGGGACGCAGCCGGCGGCCAAACCGUCCAACGAUCAGAACGGGAGGCCAGCAGUGCGCAGGGGCAGCGACGAAGAGCCAUUCGUGUACGGUACCGAGAUCCACCGCAGUCGGGUACCGAUCCCCAAACCGAGCGACGACCUGGAUCCGUACCAAGAGCUGUCGCCGCUGGACCUGGCUCGGAAGGAGAAUGAACGCCUGGUGGCCAGCUAUGCGCUCAGGAUGCAGCGCAGUCCCAAACACGUCCAGCACAACCUCAGCCUGGAGCUGCAGCGCCGACUCACUGAGAAUCGGCAGCUGGCCGCCGUCAAACACCAGGCGUGGAUGCAGCGGCGGCUCGAGUCCCGAGAGCACUUCCUGCGGCUUGCCAAACGUGUGCUGCCGGAGGAGCCGCCCGGCGGCCACCCCAGCCCCGAGUACCUGCAGAAGCAGGCCACGCUCGCCGACAUCCUGCAGUUCGAGCAGAGCCACCCGUGGACGCGCCAGCUGCGUGACAGUCUGGACGCCGAGCCCGACAGCAGCGGCGUCGUCGAGAACGCGCUGCUGCACAUGCUGCUGGAGAAGUCGCACCCGCUCUCCAAGCUGCGCCAGCGGCUGCAGUACUCGCUGUACUGCAAACUGAACCCGCUGGUGGAGCAGCACGCCCACCUGCUGGACGCCGUCCGGGUGCCCGCCUGGAGCCCGGAGCCGGCGCCGGUGGACGGGGGGCAGAGGGCCGGGCUGUGGCCGAGCCUGUUGGAAGAGGACGGGGAGGGAGAGAGCGGCGGCGCGGAGGGAGCGGUAGGCCCGGAGGACGCCGUGGAUAGACAAGAGCGCGAGCAGCAGGACGAGGCGUUCAGGAGGCACCUGAGAAACGUCAUAUCCGACACCCAGGACAGUGAGCGGCUGCUGGUGUCGCUGGCCGGCGCCGUGCACCCGGCGCUGUCCGGCGCCCACAGCCGCCCGGUCGUACAGCGCGUGCUGUUCACGCCGCUCUGGCCGCACCUGCUCGUGCUGUUCCGGCUGGCCAACCGGCGCCAGGAGCGGCAGCUGGCCGAGGCGCUGACGCGUCUGGCGGCCGGCGGCGGCCAGCCGGUGCCGGCGCGGCCGCACCGUCUGCUGCUGCGCCGCCUGCUGCUGGCCACCAGUCCGGCGGACAAGUGCCGGCUGCUGGUGGAGCUGGCGCGCGCGCUGUGCGACACGGCCGACGGGCCGGCCGGCGCCGACGUGCUGCUGCCGCGGCUGACGGCGCUGGUGGUGCACUCGGCCGCGCCGCAGCUGCUCUCCGAGCUGCAGUUCAUCUCCGAGUUCAUGUCGGACGGCAGCUUCCAGGGCGAACAGGGCUACUGCCUCACCUCGCUGCAGACGGCGCUGCUCUACCUGAUUCAGCAACAGUGAACCCAGACCGUCUCCGCUCUGUUAGAGACGAGAUCAUGAAUUCGGAAGCUGCAUUUGAUUGACCACCGUGGUUUUGCAAGCUCAACAAGUUAUUCCGGCUUCGUUGAUUAUUUCGCAAAGAUUGAUACACGAUUGGCUUUGUGAAUGGCACAGGAAUGACGGUGUCAGACGCUGCUUUACUAGUGCAAGCAAAUCUAGCCAGCCUUGUGCCGUUGAAACACGCUUAUCACUUGAAUGAUCUGAUAUGCCGGCCUACGAUCAUGCUUAGCUCACCCUGAUUUAUAACACAGCUGCCUAUUUAAGACGUCCCCUGAUAACUGCCCCAGCUCUCAGAGCGAUUUACAUUCCUCUUGCUGUGUGUUGCGGCUGAUCGUCGUGCAUUGAAUGCGAAGUUAUUGUUAUUUAUUGGGCGUAUUUCGCCAAGAACACGACAGUAUUGGCUAUAACUGCCACGUGAAGUGAUGUGCAUCGUUGCUGAUAUUUGGCCGACUCCGGCUAAGUUUAGCCCUGUCGAGUUUGGCGGGGGACCGUGCGAAGGAGUGCUUUAGGAUGGAUCGGCGAAUAGGCUAUUUGUUCAUACACCAACGGAUGCAUGGAACACGCGACUGCGCUCUAAUGUCAGCGUGUUGGCUUGCCUGCCAGUUUAUAGACGUGUAUGGUACGCACAGGUCUUUCCUUGUCGGGUGAUUAUGCAUUAUGCAAGCCGUGCCUUUUCGAUGUGCCGCGAGGUGGUUUAUCACGCUCACACUGCUUAUUCCUAACGGAAUGAAUAAAAAUGCUCAAUGAUUUUCUCA